AUGGCGCCCGUGCAACCAAGUGUUGGCCCAUCUAGGGACGAGCCUAGAGUGUUUGGCCUUGACAAGUUCAACGGUGACAACUUUGCUGAGUGGUCCUUCAGAAUGGAGAAGGUGUUUGAUCACUAUGACCUUCUGGAGGUGAUGGAAGGAUCGGAGAAGCGCCCCGAGAACGACCCGGAGAAGAGCCCGUGGGUGCGGAGGAGCGCACAAGGCUACCUCCUACUAGGGCAAGCGUUGGGGAGCAGCCAGAUCCGUCACAUCAAGCCUUUCCAGCGUGAACCAGAGAAGGGACCAAAGGCAUGGGCUGCUCUCAAGGGUGUACACGCUCCUGCAACAUCGGCGGUAGCUGUGGUGUUGGAACGGCAAAUGGCGACACUACGAAUUGAAGAGGAUGAAGCGGUUGAAGAAGGGGUGCAAAAAUUCUUCGACUUGUUGACGCGGCUUGAGGGAGCUGAUUUGAACUAUAGUGAGCUCCAAAAGAAGACCAAGUUGCUGGCCCUACUCCCUGAGUCAUGGUCCUCGCUCAUCAUCAACCUUAAUCACGACUUGCCCCGCCUCUCGCUUGAAGACGUGAAGCGAGCUAUCCUUCAAGAGGAUUUCCGCCGCCGUGAGUUGGCGAGUGCGGAUGGCGCUGGGGCAGCGAGCAUCGGCCGUGGAUAUGGUCGAGGAAGAGGUAGAGGACGAGGGGGAGGAAGGUUUGGUGGCAGCAACAUCGGCGGAGGCCGCGGGAGUGGCGGUUACGGCAGCGACGACAAGAGCUACGGACGCGGUCGCGGCCGAUUCGACGGCGAGUGUCACUAUUGCCACAAGAGCGGAUACAUGUGGCGCGACUGCUACAAACUCCCUGAUGGUUGGACCCCUACUCAAGGCCAAGAGGGUAGAGGAGCAGGAGGAGGGAGAGGAAGAGGCCGUGGAGGCCGUGGCGGUCGCGGUGGCGGAGCUGCAAACAUGAAGAGCGGAGACAACGACAAGGACCCGAGCAACGAUCGGUACCCGGGUCUAUUCUACUUCGUGUCGACGCAAGUACCGACUGGUCCAGAGAAGGAUGAAGGCUUUGAGGAGCCAGCAGCUGUGGGGAAGGUGACUCUACACCCUCUGGACUAUUGGGUGAUCGAUAGUGGCGCUACCUAUAGCAUGACACCUCGCCCGGACUUGCUCACCGAACUCGAACCGUCACCGGUGAAGCAUGUCACAUCAGCUUUGGGGCAGCGAGCGGAGGUGAAAGGCAUGGGCAAGGCCAUGUUUAAGGGUGCUGAUGGGAAGAUGGUGGGCCUCAAGCAUGUGCUUUGGGUGCCCAGCCUUGCUGCGAACAUGAUUUCCGUGCGGCGGUUGGCAAAGGCCGACAUGGACACGAACUCAAAGGGAGCCAAGACCUACACCGCAAGGCUUGGCGAUCGGAUUCUUUGGGACCUUCAUGAGGACAGAGAUGUCUACAACGAGAUGUGGCAGAUCCCUGUGGUCCCAAUGCCUAAGGAGAGGCAAGUGGCAGCAAGCGUCAGCACCAAAGGUGGAGCGGCUGGUAGCGGCGAUUGCGCGGACGGUCGCGCUAAGGAGAAGGAGUCCAAGAAGUGCAAUCUUGGAGGGACCAGCAAGCUUGGUGAACCUAUGGAGAGAGGUGCAGCAGCCAAGGAGCAGCAAAAGGGUGAGGAGAACCCCGAGGCAGCAGCAGAGGAGGACUACGGAGAGAGUAUGUGGGGCGCUAUUGCGAGCGCGGCAUUCUCCAAUCCAACUUCGGCUACGGGGGAGUGUGAUUGGCUCACCUUGCAUCGGCGCAUGGGGCAUGUGGCCCUGCCCAUCUUGCAGCAGCUAGUAAAGAAUGAGAUGGUUGCUGGCAUACGUAUGAAGGGGGAGCCCGAUGAGGUACUUGGCUGCCCGACGUGCAUGCAAGCCAAGUUCACCCGUUUCCCAUUCUCUAGUUCGGAGGCAACGGCUAAGGCACCACUUGAUGAGGUGGUGAUGGACGUGGUGGGCCCCCUGAAGCUUGGAGCUGCUGGAGCUGAGUACUUCCUCACUAUUGUGGACGUCUACACCCGUAUGACUUGGGUGUACGUGCUGGCCAAGAAGAGCGACGUGGCUGAAACGUUGAAGGCGGAUUGGUUCCCAAUGGUGGAGCGGCAACAAGACCGUCUAGUCAAGUCAAUCCGCACCGAUCGAGGGGGAGAGUUCCUGAGCAAGGAGUUUGGGUUGUGGCUGAAGAAGAAUGGUAUUCGGCACUCCCUCACCAUGCCAUACUCCCCUGCAAUGAAAGGCAUCGCCGAGCGAGCGAACCGCACAAUCACGGAGGCGGCACGCGGGUUGCUCAUUGAAGCCGGGCUACCCGACUAUUUCUGGCCUGAUGCGGUGCGGAGCGCGUGUGUGGCCAAGAACCGAGCCUUGACUCAUGUGGGAGCAGACAAAUGGGUGCCCUAUGUGGAGUGGCUAGGAAGGAAGCCAAAGGUGGAUAUGCUUCGGGGGUUCGGGUGCAUGUGCAUGGCGCUCGUGCCUAAGCAUCUUCGGCACAACAAGCUUGGUGCCAAGGCGGUGUGGGCCGUGCACUUGGGCAUGGCUCAAAACAGCAAGGGAUGGCUUCUUUGGGACCCACUCACCAAGAAGUUCUUGGUGAGCAGGGACUGCAAGUUCAUGGAGAACUUCAUGUACAAAGAUUGGAAGGCGGAGAAUGAGGCGAAGAUAGGCGUGCGGUUUGGGGAGCAACGCCAAGGCCUUCAAGUCCCUGCAGCUGAGGAGGAAGGAAGGGGCAAGAGGAGAGUUCAACCCCCUAAUAGGCUGACCGAUGAUGCGCUGGGAAACCAGGGCAAGACAGCCCUGGCCGGAGCGGCAAUGAUGGUCGGAGACGACGAGGAGAGUGACUACGAGGAGUGUGCCUUCGCGUUCUUCUCUCCGGUGGAGAUGCCGGGAGAACCAGCAACUCUCAAGGAGGCUUUGGAGAGCAGUGAUGCUGAGGAGUGGAAGAAGGCCAUGGAGAGUGAGCUGAAGAGCAUCAAGGAAAAUGACACGUUUGAAUUGGUGGAGCUACCGGAGGGGCGUACGUCGAUAACGUCCAAGUGGCUCUUCAAAAUCAAGUCGGAUGCCGACGGCAAGAUCGAGUGCUACAAGUCUAGGCUUGUAGCCAAGGGGUACCAGCAGAAGGAGAAGGUGGACUUCAAGGAGCUGUUUGCCCCUGUGGUGAAGCCGACGACGCUGCGAACCCUAUUCGCGGGAGCCGCCAUCAAAGGAUGGGUAGUAAAACAAAUGGACAUCGUAACGGCAUUCCUUAACGGCAUCCUUGAGGAGGAGAUUUUGAUGGCGCAGCCAGAGGGGUUUGAUGAUGGUAGUGGCAGAGUGUGGAAGCUAAAGAAGGCCCUCUAUGGGCUGAAGCAGGCCCCUAGGCAAUGGUACAUGAAGCUGCGCGAAGUGUUGGAGGGGAUCGGCUUCACUCCCUCAACGGCCGAUCACUCCUUGUUCAUGCUUGGCGAGGGGGAGCAGAGGAGCUUCAUGGUGGUUUAUGUGGAUGACAUUCUUAUAUUCUCACCCUCCUCUGACCUUGUGAAGGAGGUGAUGCUGAAGCUGCAUGACAAGUUCAAGUGCAAGUCCCUUGGUGACGUGAACUUCUACCUUGGGCUCCACAUCGAACGAGACGUGGAGAAGCGGAGCAUGCGAGUGCACCAACGGAAGGACGAGAGGAGGAGAGCGUUUGUGAAGAGGAGAGGCGCCGUUUUCACUCGUUGGUGGGCAACCUCAUGUAUGCGGCGGUAA